UCAGGAUCCAGAUCGAGAAAGGUGACAUCCAUGUCGGAGAAUUUAUCUCGUCCACUAGUAAGCGCCGCUCCCCCUCAUCUCUUUGUUUACCUUGACACUUCAACCCCAAAGAAUACACAGGGCCAUAUGACAGAUUGGAAGGGUGCGUCUCAAUCGACAAGAUGAUCAUCACAGAGUCGUACAAGGAUGUGCCGACGAAGGCAGCCGGAGAAGGCAAAAUGCGCAUCUACCUCUAUCAUCCCACUAUCGCCGGCUACCCACACGCAAAGUUCCCCGGCGUAGUCGUCUUCUCCGAGAUAUACCAAGUCACCGGUCCUGUUGCUCGAUUCGCCAGACAAAUCGCGGGUCAGGGCUACAUCGUUGCCGCGCCAUCGUCCUACCACGAAUUCACCGGGCCCGAACCUUUAGCGUAUGACGUCCCUGGCACCGACGCAGGCAACGAUUGGAAAAUUGCAAAGAAGCUUUCCGCCUACGACGAAGAUGCAGAACUCUCAGUCACGUUACUGCUAGGUUUGAAGACAUGUAAUGGCAAGGUUGGGGCCACGGGAAUGUGUCUGGGAGGUCAUCUAGCCUACCGAUGCGCGUUGGACUCCCGAGUUAAGGCAGCGGUCUGCUACUUUGCGACAGACAUUCACAGUCACAGUCUGGGAGAAGGAAAGGACGACGACAGCUUGAAAAGAGCCGGUGAUAUCAAGGGAGAGCUGGUAAUGAUCUUUGGCAAGAGCGACAACCACGUACCGCCUGAAGGAAGAGAUCUGAUCCGGAAGACACUCCACGAGACGGGCGUUGAUUUCUCUUUCUAUGAGGUCUACGGAGCUCAGCACGCUUUCAUCCGCGAUGAAUUGAGCAAAGGCAGAUACGAUCCCGCGAUCAGCAAAGUAUGCUUCGAGAUGUUGCUGGAGGUCUUUGGCCGUCGACUGAAGCUGGAUCUGGGAGAGCGCAGUGGAGAAAAGUUGGUUGUGGAAGAUGUGUGUUGAACAAAUGUACAAGUGAGUUGAAUUGCAAGCCAGA